AUGCAACCUUAUGAUGCUUUCCUUGUCGUGGAUGUCGAGGCAACUUGUCACAGCGGCUGCGGUUUUGAUUAUCCAAACGAGAUUAUAGAAUGGCCAGUCAUCCUUCUUCGUUGGAAUGAUCAGACGGAAGACGGCCGUGCAAGCAGCCUUGUUCAAGUAGCCGAGUUCCGUUCUUAUGUUCGACCUACAUGGAGGCCUCAAUUGUCCACCUUUUGCACGGAUCUCACUGGUAUCACCCAGGCGGACAUUGAUUCAGCGCCAACUUGGCCCGAGGUCCUGGGUUUGUUCGCAGAGUUUCUUGCGCACCAUGGCUUGAUAGACCCACGCACUGGCGCACGCUCGCAGAAGUUCAUAUUCUGCUGCGAUGGUCCAUUCGAUAUCAGAGAUUUUGUCACUAAGCAAUCUCAUAUAUCCAAGAUCCCAAUUCCAGGCUAUCUGCGGGGGGAUAUUUUGGACAUUCGAAAAUCAGUGGCGAGCCUAAUGGCGAGCCGCGAACUGCGCGAACCAAUGACAUCCACAGCAGCGCAUAUCCAGCGGAAUAAUCAAAAACACUUGUAUCUCCCUAUACCCAUGCAACUCUCUGCCCUCUUAUUGCCAUCGUUCACUGGGCGAUUACAUUGUGGUUUGGAUGAUGCCCGGAAUGUUGCUCGUAUUCUAAUUGAGCUGGCUCGUACCCCGUUGCGUGUCGAACCAAACACACGGAUCCUCCCAAACAGAAGGUGGUGGUGGAUGGGUCCUGGAGGCAAAGUCAAUUACCCCGAUAGCCGUACUCCGGCGUAG